CGCACACACUCUCUCUGAAAGUAAGAAGAAAGAAAAAAAUGGCGGACAAAGCAAGUAGAAGUUUGAUAAUAUAUGGUGAUGGAUUAGUUAAACAAAUCUCAUCAUCACACAUUCAUCUUCAUGAUCUCGUUUCUCGAGGUUGCUCUGGAUUCUUAUCUCUCACCCAAUCCCCUAAUGCAGAAAGUGAGGAUGAGAGAGUGGUUAGGGAGUUGGCACAAUUGUUAGAUGCUUAUGAUGCUUACAUAAUGAAGAAAGGAGGAAGUUCUCCGGACUGCUCAAAAGAGUCCUCGGUGUCUACCAUAUCAGACAGAUUUAUGGGAUUGAGAGCUGCUAUUGUAUCAGAAGAUUCAAAUGUGAAGUCUUUUGGAAGAUAUCUUGGUUUCACUGUAUUGGAAUUUGACGACUUGACUAAGUACAAAUCUUCUUUUGAUGAACCACCAGCCUCUGAGUUGCUGAAAUUGCUAGGCUUUCAAGGAGGCAAGACAUCAGAAACAAGCGAGUUUGAUUUAGUGUGUGUGCACGUUGGAUGCGGUGAGAAGGUGAAUAUCCUGAAAGAAGAGGUUGUUGGGAAUGAGGUAGAUUUGAUCAAUUCGUUGGUUGGUGGGAUAUUGCAAACAGCGCAACCUGGAUCAGAAAUCGCUUCUCGUUUACACUUAUCUGUAGUGAUGAGCUAUGGAUCGUCAGUAGACGAUGAGGAUAGCAGUUUGUUACAUUUGAACUCACAAAAGAAGAACUCAAGUCUUUCCUUGCUUUGCCCUCGUCAAAGUUACACCAUGAAAGGAGCUAAUCUAAUAAAUAACAUCAGGCAUUAUUGUCCGAUGCUAAUCACACAAUGGCAGGAAGCCGUCACCCGGAAAGAUAUGGCAGAGAGGUUUUCUUUCCAAGAUAUUAAGGAGAAAGGAGGGAAUCUCGCCAUACCAGCGGAUCGGUUUCUGCAUGAGGUUGCAUUCAAGCUCUGGAAGGCCCCAAAAUAUGGAGCAUGAUUCAAAGCUUCUAUGAUAUCUAACUGCUCAAACCGAAAUCUGUACUGCAUCAUCAGCUAAACCAUUAAAAUGAAAUUUGGAAUAAUUUGUCGACUAAUCAAUAAUCAAACAUAAGGCAAUGAACUCACGUUGUGUAGUGUUUUACUGUGUAAUACUGCUUUUCAUUUGCUCUGCAAUUGAAUUAUAAUUUACUAAUAACACCAUUACUGUCCAUGUAAAUGGCUCUGGUAUGUUUUUCGGAA